UCAGCACAUCAGCUAACAGGAGUUCCGAGUUAUAACUUUUCCCUCACAGGAUUGCGAAGAAAACAGCAAUCGGACACUGGAAAAGACUUUUACCUGCUGACACCGAGCUGCAGACACUUUUUGUUGGACCGUGGACUUUCACUCUUUCUCUUUUUGGAGUGAUUUUUUAUUCCCUUUUGAUUUUGGGACACUGUUGAGAGAGACGACGAGUGUAUGGUCUCUUCUCAAAUCUGACAUUUGUUGAUUAUCCAGAGACUGUGUGUCUAUAAGCAGCCGGUAAGCUUACUUUUCCUACGACUUUAUGUCUACAAAGAUGGAACAGCCUUUUUAUCAUGACGACUCUUUUCUGUCGGCGUACGGCCACUCAGAUGCAGCAAUGCACGACUACAAACUGCUAAAGCAGAAUAUGAAUUUGAACUUGACAGAGCCCUAUCGCAACCUGAAAUCCCAGCUGCGUGCCGAGACCGACCAUUACCAAGGGGGGCAGCAAGACGUGGGGUCCCUGAAGCUCGCAUCCCCGGAGCUGGAGAGGCUCAUCAUUCAAAACAGUAACGGCGUGAUCACCACACCCACCCCGGGCCAGUACUUCUACAACCGGGGCAUCACCGAUGAGCAGGAGGGGUUCGCCGAGGGGUUUGUGAAAGCCCUGGACGAGCUGCACAAGAUGAACCAGAUGCCCCCUCCUAACGUGUCCAUCGGAGCCGGUGGAGUUACGACGUGUUCGGCGGCGGCCUCUAGUGUCUUCGGCUCCUCCUUGCAGCCCGAGCCUCCUAUCUACACAACACUGAACGCCUACUGCCCGAACACAAGCCUCUCUUCCGCAUCCAGCUACCCCACAGCCACCAUCAGCUACCUGCCGCCGCACCAGCAGAGCCACCCGCAGACCUCGACGCACGGCACGCACCCGUUCCAGCACGUACUCCACGGCUCCGGACUCCACCCGCAGCGGCUCGUCGCUCUGAAAGAGGAACCUCAGACCGUGCCUGACCUCCUCAGCAGCGACGGCUCUCCUCCAAUGUCCCCGAUCGACUUGGAGACCCAGGAGAGGAUAAAGGCGGAGCGCAAGAGGCUGAGAAACCGACUCGCGGCGACCAAAUGCCGGAGGCGCAAGCUGGAGCGCAUCGCCCGGUUGGAGGAUAAAGUGAAAGGUUUGAAGAGUGACAACGCUGGGCUCUCCAACACAGCAUCGGUGCUCCGGGAUCAAGUCGCCCAGCUCAAACAGAAAGUCCUGACACAUGUGAGCAGCGGCUGUCAGCUGAUGCUCACAAGCAAGAUGGAAGCAUUUUAAAAAACAGAGACUACUAAUUGACUGAAAAGUAAUAACACUGGAGUCAAGUUCUGCAUACGCAGCAGUGGAAGACCGGCUGGUGUGUUGUUGGCAUUGACAACAACACAGGGCCGAGGGAUAUGUGUAGACAACUCUUUAGGCUAUUUAGGGUGAAAAGACUGAUUGAAAUGGUACUUUCGGAUGCUGGACAUCGCUCAGAGGACCAUUCAACCCUAGACACCAUAGGGCAGCAUCCAGACUGAGCAACACAUCGGGCACAGGCCGAUGGUAGAAAAUGGGAAUGAUUAAUGUAUUUCUUUGUACUUUUUUUGCAACUGAUAUUGUCAUGCAAUGCUGCAUUUAUUCAUUGUGUAAAUUAUUUUUGUCUGUGAUGAAUUAUUAUUGUCCGGUUGAUCCAGGCAAACUAAUGAUGUCCAAUGUUUACACUGUCUUUUUUAUUUGUGAUGAUGUGUAUUUAAGUAAAGUGUCUUAAAAUGAAA